AUGGGCAGCUACGACCAGCGUGGCUUCUUGAGGGAUCAUUUCGAUCCGGAUGGUUUUUUCCCUGAACACGCACUCGCAAUGAGUAUGCCAGAGGUUUCAUCUGGCCUCUCAAUCAGUUUGCCGACCACCAUGUCAUGUCAGCUUGGAAGUCCACUGUACAGCAACAGCUUCUGUACUCCUCGCACGAUAGCGCCUCAUCCAGGUUACAUGCUCGCUCCCCCAACCCAUGGAUACCACUCUGAAGAGGCGUAUACCAUCACUGGUCACUCUGCUAGUGCAAGAGGUCGAAGCUGUAGCGGAGCGAGCACAGUCAGUGCGGACUACAGUGUUGGAAGCCAGGAAGCAACGCCCAGGUCACCCUACUCCUUCAUUGAACCCAGCAGUCAGUAUCGAGGACCCGAAGACAACCAAGUCAAUUACAAUGGCGGGCCUGCAUUUCAUUCCCAAGGGACAUCAUCGCUGAUUCAGGAGAAGAAAGAGCUUGUAGCAAAACAAGAAGCCGAUGGGAUCAGAUCUUCGAGUGGCAAGUCUAUCGCAGACAACCAGUCGUACUGUCCGCAUAAGGACUGCAUGGGAGAAGAUGGAAGACCGAAAAAGUUCUUCAGCCGCAAAGCGGAUGUGACAAGACACUACAAGUCGCGACACGACAUCAAGUACAUUGAUUGCCCAAAGAGAAACUGCGAAAGAAAGGGCAGCCAAGGCUUCACAAGGCGAGACCAUAUGACGGAGCACCUUAGAGGCUUCCACAUGGAGGUGAUUCCGAAGAUCCGGCAUAACAAUACCAAGGCCAAGCGAGGUGUGAAGCAGACGAGUGAGAACGGCAACGGGUCCAACAGCUCGUCCGAAGACCUCACUCCAACCGAGCAAGGCGAUGAGAUCUUUUGCUUCUCCUCGGAAAAGCAAGGCUUUGCAGAACACACCGACCACGGCAUCAAACACGAGUCUCUGCAUUCGUCUGAUGAAGAGGUCGAGAAUAUCUUCCCUGUCUAUGAAGAUAUUCUUCCUAAGCGAUCCAAGCAAUUCAAAAAGGUCGCACAGAGGCGCAAGAGCAAAGUCAUAGCCUCGCCGGACCAUCCCACCCUAGCUAGACACAGCAAUAUCCCGUCUCAACACUCUCCGACAGGUGGCAUAGCUCAACCCAACCCUUAUAGACUCGGAGUCAAAACCGAAUCUGCAAGCUCUCUAAUGAUGCAUGAACUCCCGACAUACACGACGCACCACCAGCACCAGCAUCAAGAUUACACUACAAGCAGCAGCAUGAUGGCUCCGCUCUAUGCUGCCGAUUCGGGAGUGGGCUCAUUCUUUUGGCCUUCGACAACGGCGCAGGCUCAUGAGAAUCUUCCGACUCAGACGAUAGCUCGUUACCAAGUUGAGACUCUUGACAGCUCUCAUCUGUGCAAGAGUGAACCAUACACCGGGGUGUAG